UUGUGCACAGUGCUCAUGUUUUUUUUAUAUUCCUCUUGCUCAUAGUGCGGGGCGGGGAACAGCCUCAACCCCUGACAAGGCUCUUGAUUGCUUGCAUGGCUGGCAGGCUGGUGGGUGAUCUCUGCCCUGUCCCACAACCCCAAGCCUCCAGGUAAAGCAGCUCUUCCCUUUGCCUGGGUCUCCCCCCAGCUUCCAGCCACCCCUCCCUGCCUCCUCUGGCUGAGAGCUGGGGAGGGCUAGGGGCAGCAGCAGUGUCCAGGAAAUGAAGCAGGAAACCUGAGCCAGCGCAGCUAAAGAGAAGCUGUCUGUGUGGCAGGGUCCCCCUGCAUCUGUAAUUAUCCAGCAACAUAGCAAAGCCCCUUCCCAUCUUGCCUCAUAUCUAUAUCUAAGCUGCUGGAGCAAUGGAGCUCAGGACUAUGGUAGCGACUGUGGAAAGCGGGGAGCAAGACACAGUCCUCAAGGUGCUGCAGAUCUACAAUCAGGAGAAGUCUCAGUGCUUCACAUUUGAAGAUCAUGAGCGGGAGGAGAGGAAGAAACUGGCACAGCUGCUGAUCAAGUUCUUGGAGAGGGAGCUGCAGCCAGCUUGCCAAGUCACAUGUUUGGAAAGCAUCCGCAUCCUCUCCCGGGACAAACACUGCCUUGACCCCUUCACUACCAGGGAAGGCCUGAAGACCCUGGCCAGACAUGCUGGUAUUGACUACUCGGAGGAGGUCAUUCGGGAGAUCCCAGACCUGGAUGUCAUCCUGGAGGCCCUCAAGUGCCUCUGCAAUAUUGUCUUCAGCAGCCGUCGUGCACAGGAGCUGACAGCUGAGGCCUGGCUUGUGGUAGGCCUGACUGAGCGCAUUAAACUCUACAAUGAGAAGAAACUCCCCCAUGAAGUCAAGUUCUUUGAUCUGCGUCUUCUGGCCCUGAGAGUGGACAUCCGGCAACAGCUAGCCCAGGAGCUCAGGGGAAUCAGCCUGAUGACAGACACCCUGGAGUUGACACUAGGGGUGAAGUGGUUGGACCCUUAUGAAGUAUCUACUGAGGGGAGCCUUCCUCCACCCUUGCCUCGCCAGGAGACAGAGCGUGCUAUGGAGAUCCUCAAGGUGCUCUUCAAUAUCACAUUUGACUCCAGCAAGAGGGAGGUGGAUGAGGUGUGUCAUUUUCUGUUUUGGGGCCAGGAAGAUGCUGCUCUGUACAGACACCUAGGUGCUCUCCUUCGUCACUGCUUGAUGACUUCAGCUGAUGGAGAAGAUAGGACAGAGGAAUUUCACAGCCACACAGUUAACCUGUUGGGCAACUUGCCGCUGAAGUGCCUGGAUGUCCUACUAACUCCUAAGGUCCGGCCAGGCUCACUCGAGUACAUGGGUGUCAACAUGGAUGCAGUCAGUGUCCUGCUAGAUUUCCUUGAACGACGUCUUGACAGGGGCCAUAAGCUGAAGGAAAGUCUGACCCCUGUGCUGAACCUGCUGACUGAGAGUGCCCGUGCCCACCGCCAGACAAGGAAGUUCCUCAAAGCGAAGGUGCUGCCUCCUCUCCGGGAUGUGAAGAACCGCCCUGAGGUGGGGAACUUGCUGCGGAACAAGCUUGUGCGCCUGAUGACUCACAUUGACACUGAUGUAAAGCACUGUGCGGCAGAGUUCCUCUUUGUACUCUGCAAGGAGAGUGUGUCACGGUUUGUGAAGUACACAGGGUAUGGAAAUGCAGCAGGGCUCCUGGCAGCACGAGGCCUCAUGGCAGGGGGCCGGGAAGAGGGAGAAUAUUCUGAGGAUGAAGACACUGAUACAGAAGAAUACAAGGAGGCUAAGCCCAACAUUAACCCAGUGACAGGACGUGUGGAAGAAAAACUCCCCAACCCCAUGGAAGGGAUGACUGAGGAGCAGAAGGAGUAUGAAGCCAUGAAGCUGGUUAACAUGUUUGACAAGCUGUCCAGACAGCAGGUCAUCCAGCCGAUGGGGAUUAGUCCAAGUGGCAACCUUACCCCUCUGGAGAAUGUUGUGCAUGAGAUGGCUGAGGAGAGGUCGUCAUCUGACUCUGACCGGGGGCUAGACUGAUCCGGACCUAUCCGUCUCCCCCCAGGACU